UGUGAUGGACACGGAGCGGCCGGCCCUCCAGCUGCCGGCGGUAUCGCCGGUCGUGGAGCUGAACGUGGGGGGCACGCUGUUCACCACCACGCUGGCCACGCUGAGGAAGUACCCGGGGUCCAGGCUGGCCGAGCUGGCGUCCGGCCCGCCCGGGGCCCAGACGGACCGCAAAGGCCGCCUGUUCAUCGACCGGCCGGGCGCGCCCUUCGGGCCCAUCCUGGAGUUCCUGCGCAGCGGGCGGCUGCCCUCGGAGGCCGUGCCCGACGUCUACCGGGAGGCCCGCUACUACGCCCUGGAGCCCCUGGUCAAGCUCCUGGAGGAGGCACCGCCCAUGUUCGGCGACCGCGUGGCCCGCCGGCAGUUCCUGCUGCGGGUGCCGGGCUACGGCGAGAGCCUGGAGCUGAUGAUCCGCAUCGCCCGGGCCGAGGCCGUGGCCGCCCGGGCCUCGGCCGUCGUGGUGUGCGCCCUGCGCACCGAGGAGGACGCCGCCCGCUGCCUGGACGCCCUGGGCAGCCUGGAGGCGGCCCGGCGCUCCGUCGUCAAGUUCGGGCCUUGGAAGGCCUCCCCGGCCGUCGGCGACCUGCUGGACUGCAUCCGGAUGGACGUCGAGGCCCGGGGCUACCGGGUUUCCUAUCAGCCCUACGUGGCCGAGAGGGGCUUCCGCGGCAAGUUCGCCGACUGCUUCUUCCGCUUCGUCUUCACGUGGUGGUGACCGAUAAAACCCACUUCCCAGCGCACGCGUUCACUCAUUCAUUCGUCCAGUCGUCUUUAUUGAGCGCUUACUGUGUGCAGA